CUUUAAUCGCAGCCAUAGUUAUUCUUUUCGUGAUUUGGAUCGCAGUCAUAGUGUUGCUUCCCAUUGCCGGCAUUCUUCUUAUGAUCGCCUUUGUCAGCUAUAUCGGUUAUCUCGGCAUAUCUUAUGUCUCUUCUUUAUUAAACGACUCCAUGAAUUCACCUUCUAGAAAUGAUACAUCUCACGCUCAACCUAACAGUAAAACAUCGUCUUCAUCCUCAAUUUCUAACAAUAAAGGAAAACAAAAGGAAACAAUUCCUUUUCAAUCUCCAAGAUCUUCGUCUUCAAUUGCUCCUAUCAUUG